GCUGGUUUAAAUAGUGUGGAGAGGAGGAAGGACAGCAUCAUCAUCAUCACAACCACUUCAUUUACCUGGCAUGAUAGUCACACUUUCCUGGAGUUCAACCUGCACCCUGCACUGAGGACCGAAGCUCUGAGCUGCCGCAGGCGAAACCGAGGUCAGAGGUCAACUCAACUCCUGUCACCGCACCAGAGUCUGAACCGGCCACCAACGACGAAUCAGACGUCACCUUUGAACCUCCAGUGUUAGACUCCUCUGCUGCUCCUGACCCCUGCGUCCCACGGGCUGAUCCAACUUCCAACAUGGCCGACCCGGCAGCUGAUGACAGCAAGUACCUCUUCCUGGAAAAUGACUUCCAUAACAGCGGGGUGGUGGCCCAAGCCGACUGGGCGGCAAAAAAGAUGGUGUGGAUUCCGUCAGAGAGGGAGGGCUUCGAAGCGGCGAGCAUCAAGGAGGAGAAGGGUGAUCAGGUGCUCGUGGAGCUUUCCAACGGUCAGAAGAUGACGGUGAACAAAGACGACAUCCAGAAGAUGAACCCGCCCAAGUUCAGCAAGGUGGAGGACAUGGCCGCCCUCACCUUCCUCAACGAAGCCUCUGUCCUGCAGAACCUGCGCGAGAGAUACUUCUCCAGCCUCAUCUACACGUACUCGGGCCUGUUCUGUGUGGUGGUGAACCCCUACAAGAUGCUGCCCAUCUACUCCGAAAAGAUCAUCGAGAUGUACAAGGGCAAGAAGCGCCACGAGGUGCCGCCGCACAUCUACUCCAUCACAGACAACGCCUACAGGAACAUGUUGCAGGACCGUGAGGAUCAGUCCAUUCUCUGCACAGGCGAGUCCGGGGCAGGGAAGACAGAAAACACCAAGAAGGUGAUUCAGUACCUGGCCGUCGUCGCCUCCUCGCACAAGGGCAAGAGGGACGUGAACCCUCAGGGAGGAUCUCUGGCCUACGGGGAGCUGGAAAAGCAGCUGCUGCAGGCUAAUCCCAUCCUGGAGGCCUUCGGCAACGCCAAAACCAUCAAGAACGACAACUCCUCGCGUUUCGGCAAAUUCAUCAAACUCAACUUUGAUGUGACCGGCUUUAUCGUCGGGGCGAAUAUUGACACCUACCUGCUGGAGAAGUCCCGUUGCAUUCGCCAGGCCAACACAGAGAGAGCCUUUCACAUCUUCUACUACAUGGUGGCAGGUGCCAAAGGCAAGAUGAGGGAGGAGCUGCUGUUGGAGGACUUCAGCAGCUAUCGCUUCCUGGUGGCGGGUCACGUGGAGAUCCCCGGCCAGGAGGACCACGAGUUGUUUGAGGAGACCCUGGAGGCCAUGGAGAUCAUGGGCUUCAAUGAGGAUGAGAGAUUCGGCAUGUUGAAGGUGGUGUCCACUGUGCUCCAGCUGGGAAACAUCACGUUUGAGAAGGAGAGGAACAGCGAGCAGGCGACCAUGCCUGACAACACCGCUGCCCAGAAGGUGUGCCACCUGCAGGGCAUCAACGUGACGGACUUCACCCGCGCCAUCCUCACGCCCAGGAUCAAAGUGGGCAGGGAGGUGGUGCAAAAGGCUCAGACGAAGCAGCAGGCUGACUUUGCGGUGGAGGCUCUUGCGAAGGCCAUGUAUGACCGUCUGUUCCGCUGGAUCCUGGCCAGAGUCAACAAGACGCUGGACAAGAGUAAGAGACAGUCUUCGACCUUCCUGGGAAUCCUUGACAUCGCUGGCUUUGAGAUUUUCGAGGACAACUCGUUCGAGCAGCUCUGCAUCAACUACACCAACGAGCGGCUGCAGCAGCUCUUCAACCACACCAUGUUCAUCCUGGAGCAGGAGGAGUACAAGAGGGAGGGCAUCGAGUGGAACUUCAUCGACUUCGGCCUCGACCUGCAGCCCUGCAUAGAGCUCAUCGAGAGGCCGAACAACCCUCCGGGCAUCCUGGCCCUGCUGGACGAGGAGUGCUGGUUCCCCAAAGCCACGGAUAUGACGUUCGUGGACAAGCUGCUGAACACGCACACCGGCCAUGUCAAAUUCUCCAAACCUAAACAACACAAAGACAAGCUGAUGUUCUCCGUGCUGCACUAUGCUGGAAAGGUUGAUUAUAACGCAGCCAGUUGGUUGACAAAGAACAUGGACCCUCUGAAUGACAAUGUAACCGCUCUGCUCAACAACUCCUCCAGCACUUUCAUCCAGGACCUGUGGAAAGACGUGGAUCGAGUCGUCGGUCUGGACACCAUGACCAAGAUGUCGGAGAGCUCGGUGCCCAGCAGCACCAAAUCCAAGAAGGGCAUGUUUCGCACCGUGGGUCAGCUGUACAAAGAGUCUCUGGGGAGGCUGAUGACCACGCUGCACAACACACAGCCCAACUUCGUGCGCUGCAUCAUUCCCAACCACGAGAAGAGGGCCGGUAAGAUGGACGCCGCCCUGGUGCUGGAGCAGCUGAGGUGUAACGGGGUGCUGGAGGGCAUUCGGAUCUGCAGGCAGGGAUUUCCAAACCGCAUCGUGUUCCAGGAGUUCAGGCAGAGGUAUGAGAUCUUGGCUGCUAAUGCCAUACCUAAAGGCUUCAUGGAUGGGAAACAGGCCUGCAGUCUGAUGGUAAAGCACCUGGACCUGGACCCUAACCUGUACCGGAUAGGUCAGAGCAAGAUGUUCUUCAGGACGGGUGUUUUGGCCCAGCUGGAGGAAGAGAGAGACCUCAAACUGACCGUCGUCAUCAUCGCCUUCCAGGGACAAGCAAGAGGCUUCCUGGGCCGCAAGGCUUUCAGUAAACGUCAGCAGCAACUGACUGCCAUGAAGGUCAUCCAGAGGAACUGCGCCUGUUACCUCAAACUUAAGAACUGGCAGUGGUGGAGGCUUUUUACUAAGGUGAAGCCCCUGCUGCAGGUGACCAGGCAAGAGGAGGAGAUGGGUCAGAAGGAUGAGGAGCUGAAGGCCGUCAAAGAGGUGGCGGCUAAGGCUGAGGCCGAACUGAAGGAAGUCAGCCAGAAACACGGCCAGCUGAUAGAGGAGCGGGCGCAGCUGGAGUUGAAGCUUCAGGCGGAGACGGAGUUGUACGCCGAGGCGGAGGAGAUGAGGGUGCGGCUGGAGGCCAAGAAGCAGGAGCUGGAGGAGGUGCUGCACGAGAUGGAGGCCCGGCUGGAGGAGGAGGAGGAUCGAAGCAACUCCCUGCAGCAGGAGAAGAAGGAAAUGGAGCAGCAGCUACAGCUCAUGGAGGCUCACAUCUCAAUGGAGGAAGACGCCAAGCAGAAGCUGCAGCUGGAGAAGGGAGCUGUGGAGGGCAAGGUGAAGAAACUGGAGGAGGACAUUCUGCAGAUGGAGGACCAAAACAACAAACUGCAGAAGGAGCGAAAGCUUCUGGAGGAGAGAAUGGCCGACAUGAGCUCCAAUCUGGCCGAGGAGGAGGAGAAGUCCAAGAAUCUGACCAAGCUCAAGAGCAAACACGAGUCCAUGAUCUCUGAGCUCGAGGUGCGUUUUAAGAAGGAGGAGAAGGCUCGUCAGGACAUGGAGAAGGCAAAGCGGAAGGUGGAGGCGGAGCUGGCUGACCUGCAGGAGCAGCGUGCCGACCUGCAGGCACAGCUAGCCGAGCUCAGAGCCCAGCUAGCCGCUAAGGAGGAGGAGCUCCAGGCCACGCAGGCUCGCUUGGAAGAAGAGAGCAGUCAGCGUGGCGCGGUGGUGAAGCGGGUUCGGGAGCUGGAGGCUCUCCUCUCAGACCUGCAGGAGGACCUGGAGGCAGAGAGGACGGCGAGGGGCAAGACAGAGGCAGCUCGGCGAGACCUCGGGGAAGAACUGAAUGCUCUACGCAGUGAGCUGGAGGACAGUUUGGAUACGACUGCCGCCCAGCAGGAGUUGAGGGCAAAGCGUGAGCAGGAGGUGGCCAUGCUGAAGAGGACCAUGGAGGAGGAGGGGCGUAGUCGCGAGGCUCAAAUCCAGGACUUGAGACAGAAACACAGCCAGGCUGUGGAGGAGCUCAGCGAGCAGCUGGAGCAGGCCAAGCGGGUGAGGGCUGGUCUGGAGAAAUCCAAGCAGGCUCUGGAGAAAGAAACGGCAGACCUGAGCGCCGACCUGCGCUCCCUUGCCAGCGCCAAACAGGACGUGGAGCACAAGAAGAAGAAGGUGGAGGGUCAGCUGAACGAGCUGCACUCCCGCUUCAACGAAAGCGAGCGGCAGAGGAACGAGCUGGGAGAACGAGUCUCAAAGAUGACUUUGGAGCUGGAUAGUAUGACAGGUCUGCUGAACGAAACCGAGGGAAAGAAUAUCAAGCUGAGUAAAGAUGUCUCCAGUCUGUCCUCUCAGCUCCAUGACGCACAGGAGCUGCUGUCUGAGGAGACUCGUCAGAAGCUGAAUGUGUCUGGACGUCUCCGCCAGAUGGAGGAGGACAGGAACAGCCUGAUGGAGCAGCUGGAGGAGGAGACUGAGAGCAAGCGUGCAGUGGAGAGGCAGGUGUCCAGCCUCAACACGCAGCUGUCUGACACCAAGAAGAAGCUGGACGAGAUGUCCGGGACGGUGGAGCUGCUGGAGGAGGGGAAGAAGCGUCUGCAGCGUGAACUGGAGGCGGUGAACGGCGAGUAUGAGGAGAAGGCUUCAGCCUACGACAAGCUGGAGAAGAGCCGCGGCCGACUGCAGCAGGAGCUGGAGGACGUCCUCGUGGAACUGGACGGCCAGCGGCAGCUGGUCUCCAACCUGGAGAAGAAGCAGAAGAAGUUUGAUCAGAUGUUGGCAGAGGAGCGAGCCGUGUCCUCUAAGUUUGCAGAGGAGCGGGACCGCGCAGAGGCAGAGGCGAGGGAGAAGGACACGAAGGUGCUAGCUUUGACCCGGGCGCUGGAUGAGAACCAGCAAGCUCUGGAGGAGACGGAGAGGACCAUGAAGGCGCUUCGAGCUGAGAUGGAGGACCUCAUCAGUUCCAAGGAUGACGUGGGAAAGAGCGUCCACGAUUUGGACAAGGCAAAGCGUGGCCUGGAGGCCAUCGUGGAGGAGAUGAGGAUACAGAUGGAGGAGCUGGAGGACGAGCUGCAGGUGGCUGAGGACGCCAAGCUGCGUCUGGAGGUCAACGGUCAGGCUCUCAAAGCUCAGCAUGAGAGGGAGCUGCUGGCCCGUGAUGAGAUGGGCGAGGAGAAGAGGAAGCAGCUCCUCAAACAGGUGCGUGAGCUGGAGUCUGAGCUGGAGGAGGAGAGGAAGCAGCGAGGUCAGGCGUCGGCCGGGAAGAAGAAACUUGAGGGCGAGCUGAAGGACAUGGAGGACCAGCUGGAUGCCACCAGCAGGGGGCGUGAUGAGGCUCUCAAGCAGCUCCGCAAAUUCCAGGGCCAAGUGAAGGAUCUCCAGAGGGAGCUGGAGGACUCUCGUGUAACCCAGAAGGAGGUCCUCUCCUCAGCCAGAGAGUCUGAGCGCAGAUCCAAGGCCAUGGAGGCCGACAUCAUGCAGCUGCAAGAGAUGUUAACAGCAGCUGAGAGAGCUCGGAAGCAGGCAGAGACGGAGAGAGACGAGCUGUCGGAGGAAAUGGCCAACAACUCUUCUUCAAAGUUACUGAUGUCUGAUGACAAGCGUCGUCUGGAGACAAAGAUUGGCCAACUGGAGGAGGAGCUGGAGGAGGAGCAGGCCAAUGCGGAGAGCCUCAAUGAACGUCUGAGGAAGAGCCAGCAGCUGGUGGAGCAGCUGGGAGCGGAGCUGGCAUCAGAGAAGUUUUCCUCUCAGAGCAGGGAAGGAUCCAGGCAGCAGCUGGAGAGACAGAACCGAGAGCUGAAGGCCAAACUGCAGGAGAUGGAGGGCCAGGGCCGAUCCAAGCUCAAGUCCUCCAUUGCUCUUCUGGAAGUCAAGCUGAGAGAGGCUGAGGAGCAGCUUGAGGUUGAGAGCAGAGAGCGACAGGCCAACGCCAAGAACCUGCGUCAGAAAGAGAGGAGACUGAAGGAUUUAAGCAUCCAUGUGGAGGACGAGAGGAAGCAGGCGCAACAGUUCAAAGACCAGGCUGAGAAGGGCAACAUGCGGGUGAAGCAGCUGAAGCAUCAGCUUGAGGAGAUGGAGGAGGAGGCGCAGCGCAUCGCGGCGGCUCGCAGGAAACUGCAGAGGGAGCUGGACGAGGCGACUGAGGCCAACGACACUCUGAACAGGGAGGUGUCCUCACUCAGGAGCAAACUCAGACGUGGCGGCGGUGAGGCGGCGUUUGGCAGCUCCACUCCUCGGAGCAGCGUCGGCGGAGGCGGCAGCGUCAGGAGCUUUGGGCUGGGGGGGAACAUCAACCGGAGGAGCACCAUCAAAGAGAACUCGGUGGAGCUGCAGGAGGAAGAGCCUCCUUCCCCCCCUGCCUGCACCCCCCCUCUGGAUCCCCGCAGGGACUUCUACACCCCCUCCCCGGACGAGUAGACAUUUUGUUAUGAUUGGAAUACCACAGACGUGAAAGCAUCAAAGCAGAGAUAUUUUUAGGCUUUUAAUUUGAAAGUUUCACCCGUUUUAUGAUAACCUGAAUGUUCAUGAAUCACAGAGAGACAGUGAGUGCUAGAGAUUUCAACAAUAUUGUGGAUAAAUAUGAAAACUAUUUUUGGUUUGUAAGUAGUUACAAACUAUUUGGAAAGUUUGAAAUUACUACUCCCAACACACAGUACACAAGAUAACAUUAGCAUAAUGGUUUGCUAUAAAUAAAACUACAAUAACAAUCAUACAAAUUUCUAACAUAUCAUUAAUUGUACAUUUUAUUUUAUAUUUAUUCAACAUUCUUGGAAAACCAAUUUUGGAAAGCAUUCUUAAUAAGUCUGCAAAAUGCCAAACCACUAGUUUUUAUCACUUAAUCAAGAAAGUAAUUCUGCAGCCAUGAAAUACAUAUUUAUUUCCUUUGUCUGUGCCUCCUGAAACAUUGGGUCGUUAAAUUAAAUGUGCACUUUCCUCUUC